UGAAAUAUUUUAUACAUCUGGCUAACGUUAUACCAAGUGUUUCGUCUAAAGUGAAAUUCUCUAACCAAAGCUGAUAUGCAGCAUGGUGACCACGGGGAAUUUUAUAAAGCACUAUUUCAGACUUAUUAUAGCAGUUAAAAAUUUACGAGCAAUAUUCAUUGUGAUAAUGUGUGUGGCCUCCGUGCAAUUAGUGCUUUUCCAGUUAACAUUUAGAAUGGCGCCACAUUGUAAGGAAACUUUUUAUCGCUCAUUAGAAGAUAACUUAGCGGUGAUAGAGAACUACCCUGUCGGAGGGGCGGAGCAGUAUCUAAGGUUACUUGGCGCCUUUAACACACGUCCAAAAGAACUAAGAACAUUUCCGGUAUUUGUAACGGCUUUUGAUGACUCACAUUUUAAUGAGUCCCAGGGUUUAUUCAAGUCUAUACAUGAAGUAUUUCUCAGUUCAAAGUACAGAAAACGACUGAUGGUAAUCGUUUAUGAUCUUGGAAUACGACCGUCUAAUUUACUGAAGCUGAAGAAGAAUUGCAAAUGUGACGUCAGACGCUUUCAGUAUGAAAAAUUCCCUCCACAUGUGAAGAGGAUCCAUACGUACGCAUUCAAGCCGAUUAUUGUUCAGGAAAUAUUGAUGGAAUUUGGCUUUCUAUGGUGGAUGGACACAUCAGUUCGUUUAACGACUACAGAUAUCAAGUUCGUAUUAUCACGAGCCGCUAGAUACGGAACACUUUUCACCGUAUCGGGAAACACCAAGGCCGUUGGUACUUUAACUAAACAUACGUUAAAAGCCACUUUUGACUAUUUACAAGAAGACAGUUGUAAAUUUAAAUCUUUCCACGAAAUAUGGGCGACCAGUCUGAUGUUUCAUAUAAACAACGUAACACGGAGCGUCGUGAAAGCCUGGACCACGUGCGCGUUAAAUGAGGAGUGUAUAGCGCCCCCUGGUAGUCGUAUUAUAUGUAACAUGGAGUUAGAAAUAGACGGUCGCUGUCACAGAUUUGACCAGUCAGUAUUUGGUAUUAUAAUCCGGAGAUUAUUUCACGAUAAUGAUCUCCCUCAUCAUGAUAGAAAUCUGCCACAACAUAUUUACAGUAUUAGACGGAAACAUUUUGAACACUAUUUCAACUGAUUUUUUUUUCUUUUAAAAUUUUGUGAUGAUGAAACAGUAUUCCUAUUAACAAGCAUCGGUUAUUCCAUUUUGUUUUAUAUUUAAAAUACAA